AUGCCACCCAUGGUUUCUCCAGCUCUCACUCAAGCCUCUCUCGCCAGCCAGACCCCAAACUCCAAAUCCAAAGGUAAACUCCACGUUUCAUUCACCGACUGGGUACUCGGCGGCUCUCUCCUCUCCAUCAAUUCCUCUCCCAAUGUUUCCGCAGCAACACGCGCUCGUAGCGAUAGUCGUAUUCGGGCUACAGCAGGUAAGGAUAAGAAUGGGAGAAGUGUAGUAAUUCUUGAAGAUCGGGAUCAAGAUGGAUUGGUGGGUGGUGAAGUGGAGAUGUUGGUUGUGAGGAAGGUGGGUAGAAAGGGAGGUGGAGGUGGAAGGAGUAGAAGUGCGAGUGCGGGUUCGAAUGUCACGGUCAAGGCGAAGAUCUCGGAAGAGGUUUUGGAGACGGUGGUUGAGGAGAGUGGUACAGUGGAGAAGAAGGAAACGGUUGAGGCGAAGAAAAGUGAGGAUGCUGAUGGCAAGGGUGAGCAUGCAUUGACUUUGCAAAAAGAAGAGGAAGGAAAGAAAGUGGAAGAGAAGAAAAGCGAGAAGGCUGAAGAGCCCACCGCUGAUAUUGUACCUAAAACAGCUGCAGCUCCAAGCGUCGAAGACAAGGAAAAAGACAAGAAGCCCGAGGCCGAGGUCGUAGUUGUCGAGGUCGAAGUCAAGGACAAUGACAAGGAUAAGGAGAAGAAAAAGGACAAAGAUGCCAAGAAAGCAUCCAAAGGCGAGGAUGGACCCGAGAAUACUAAGAUUGAAGAACCAAGCGCUGAUGCCACAGCCACAGCUCCCAAGGAGACGACCGAAUCGACUUCCGAGAAACCUACCGAGGUUAAAGAAGAUGAUAAGGGUGGAAAAGUAGAACCUGCCGAUCAAAAUGAAUGGACCAAAGAACAAGAUGAGAAACUCAUGGCUAUGAAGAAGGAAAAUAAGACCUGGAAAGAUAUCGCUGGAGAAUUGGGUACGGGCAAAAAGGAAGUGGUGGCAAGAUAUAAAGUUUUGCAAGAACAAGAGAAAACCGAAGAUGAGCAGGAAGACGAAGAACCGAAGCCAAAGAAACCUGAAAAGAAAAAGAACAUCAAGUGCGCCGCACAAGUCGACAAGAACGAAGAUACCGAAGAAGAAAUAUAUAUCUCACCAGACUGUCCCUACCACCACCCCAAACCCAAGUCUUCCGCUCCUUCUUCAAAACAAGAUAAGAAGAAGAAGCGCAAAUCCUACGGCGAGCUUGAUAGAGAUAGAGAUGAUGAGGAAGAGGAUAAUGGAGAGCGUAUGUGGGGAAAUAAAAAUGAAUAUGGACGUGGAAAUGAGCAGGGACGCCUUCGACCCGAUAAGAUAUGGUCAGCGGAAGAUUGCGAAACUUUGGAUUAUUUGAUGGAGAAACAUAGGAGCACGCAAUGGUUGCAAUUACAAGCUGGGUUUUUUAAUUAUACGGGGAGGAUGGUUAAAGCGGAGUUUAUUGAGAGGAAGUUUAGGAAGGAUGGACUUGCUUAG